AUGGAACUUGAUUUUAAUAAAGUAUGUAGGGUGUGUGUGAAAGAAGGACAAAUGAUGUCGAUUUUCAAAGCAAACGUGUUUAAAAAGCUGAUGACCUGUGCUUCAGUGCAAGUAUGGCAGAAUGAUGGUCUUCCUGCACAAAUAUGUAAGAAAUGCUUAGCAAAGUUGCACAUAUCUAUUCAGUUCAAAAAGCAAUGCGAGAAGUCUGAUGGGCAUUUGAGGCAAUACCAGAAGAAAGUAGUUGAGAACUCUGAAGCUCAAGUCGUACAGCAGAUAGCUCAGCCAACACAGCAGGAUAUUGUAUUCAUAGAUUGUGGAGAAAUGCUGGAAAUCACUCAUAAUCAGACUGGCUUUGAGCCAAUGCAAAACCCUGUUAGUGGAGUUAGCUACAAUUUGCAGCCUCAAAACGUGCAUACAAUCAGUGAUUAUCCACUAGAAAGUGUUCAAGUUUUUAAUAGCAGUUAUCCUAUGCCGCUGCAACCUAUGCAGAACACAAGUGUUAUACACAAUCAAAUAAUAGUGCCGCAGCAGAUUGAUGAAAUACCACAAAAUGUACAAGUAUGUCAAACAGGAAUAGAAUUACAGAAUCUAGAUAACAAAGAGGAGAGGAAACUUCCUAGUAAAGAAACGAGCCCUAAAGGUGACAAUAGUAAACAGUGUAAAAUUUGUUAUAAAUUCUAUGCCACUAGAGCCAAAUUAACAAGACAUCUUAAAACUCAUUCCAGUGAAAUGCCAUACAAAUGUAAUGUUUGCAAUAAAGCAUUUGCCUAUAGUGGUAAUUACAAAAUACAUUUGAGAAUCCAUACAGAUGAGAGACCCUUCACAUGUACUGUCUGUAAUAAAGGUUGUAGACAAGCACAAGAUCUGGAAAAACAUAUGAGAACACACACAGGUGAAAAGCCGCAUCCUUGUAACCUUUGUUCAAGGGCUUUUUCCACGAGUUCCAAUCUAAUAGCUCAUAUUCGAACGCACACAGGAGAACGACCGUACGUAUGUUGCGUGUGUCAGAAAUCGUUUUGUCAAUCCAAUGAACUUACGAAACAUAUGAGGACGCACACCGGAGAAAAAUCACAUAUAUGUAACAUAUGUCAUAAAGGGUUUAACGGUUCCAGUACAUUAAAAGCACAUAGAAGAACACACACUGGAGAAAGGCCAUACGUUUGCAGAAUAUGUAAUCACGCUUUUACGCAGUCCAGUUGUUUGAUGGCUCACAUGAAAAGACAUUCAAGAGAUGAAGUUCCAUUGCGACCAUUGUGAUAAAAUAUUCGGAAGCCGUGUCGAUUUAAACAACAACAUUUAAUCUUUCAUUCUUUUGUCCGACGAUGCGAUAUGAAAUUUUGUAAAGUUACAGAAUUGUACAAACACAGUUUAAC